CGCAGACAGAGAUAGAAUCAUAAUUUCAUUGACGUGAGGAACAGGGAGGUUACUGUUUGCCGGAGAUUUGGACCCUAUAUUUCCUUCUUGACUGUAAAAUUAAGAGGUCUGCAAUGGCUUUAAGUGACGAAGAUGUUCAGAAACAGAUCCAGCACAUGAUGGCUUUCAUUGAUCAAGAAGCCAAGGAGAAGGCAGAAGAGAUCGAUGCAAAGGCAGAGGAAGAGUUCCAAAUAGAGAAAGGUCGUCUAGUCCAGCAACAGAGGAUAAAGAUCACAGAGUUUUACAGCCGUAAAGAGAAAAAUCUGGACCUCCAAAAGAAAAUCCUCCAGUCCAACAUGUUGAACCAGGCCAGACUGAAGGUGCUGAAAUGCAGAGAGGACCAUGUACAGGCUGCACUGGACAUUACCAGAACUCAAGCUUAUCUUUAACCAAUGUGUCUUAUCUUUGCUUUUUAGCCUCCAGUCCAACAUGUUGAACCAGGCCAGACUGAAGGUGCUGAAAUGCAGAGAGGACCAUGUACAGGCUGCACUGGAUGAAGCCCAGGAGAGGCUUACAGAACUCACCAAGAACAAGACCAAGUACAAGCAGGUGCUCCAGGGCUUGAUCACGCAAGGUCUCUUCCAGCUCCUAGAACCCAACGUCGUCAUCCGCUGUAAGGAAUGCGACGUCAGUCUGUGCAAGGAAUGUGUUCCUGAUUCAGUGAAGACUUACCGAGAUUCUAGCAAGAAAGAGUGCAAUGUCGUCGUAGAUCAAGAGAACUACUUGUCCCCUGAGCUGAGUGGUGGAGUGGAGCUGUAUACUCCAAGUGGAACAAUUAAAGUUGAGAACACCCUGGAGAAGAGACUAGCUCUUACCAGCAGCCAGAUGCUUCCCGAGAUCAGGAACAACAUGUUCGGUGCAAACGCAAGCAGAAAAUUCUUAGAUUAAACCUCCAGGUCACCCUUCAAAUAUAUAUAUCUAAUAGAAGUCUAUCGUAAUGUUAUCAUUUUAGAAAUUAUAUUAUGAUCUGUUCUUGUCUCUAUGUUAAUAGGUGUUAGGUUUGUAAUAAAUCAUCUUAUGUUAAUGAGGUAUAAAGUAUUUGUAUCAGGGUUCGGGUAUUGGAGACUAAUAAAAAGGGCUAAUUUUCACUCUCUCCCUUUAAAAAGGGGUGUGAGAGAAUUUUCUUUUGAUAUGAGGAACGGGGUUAUACUCAAAGUUCUGGUGAGCGUUCAUUGCGCUUGCUUUUCAAUGUUUCACAAAUUCAACAUUCUUAGUCAGUGUUUCAAAUACACAGAUGAAGUUUAUUAGUCUUUGUUGGCAUUAAUAUUAUUCUUGAGAUGAUUUUGUAACUGGAAAUAAUGGAAAACAAAGAUCAGUUCCAAAUAUUGGACGAAUUUGAUAGAUAUGUAGUAUACAUUAAAUACAUUUACUGGCAAUUCAUACUACAUGUACCCAUGAAUUCUGUCUUGUUCUUAUUCACCGAAACAUGGUGUCUGUAAAGUUAGAUUGUUGGUUGAUAAGGAAUGUUUAAUUAGUAGGGAAGCCAUUUUUGAAAGGCACUUACAGUGUAGCUGAUAUCAGGUUUCAUUCUGUACAGGAUGAAGAGGGGAAGGGGAAGGGGGGGGGGGGGCUCCAACAUCUCAUGGUCUCUUUUCAGGCCAAUGGAGUCAAGGCAAGUAGUCAAGUCAAUUAGUCAUGGACUAUUAGGUAGUCAUGUGGCCCAAGUUGAGGAUGUAGUCGCAUGGCAUGAUCAUGUAGAAAGCAAGCAACUCUUGUUGCUUUUGCUAUGGGAUUAUCGUAUUGGGUUUAGAUACCCCAUGGUAGAUGUGAGGUGCUUGGUAUGGGAUGGUCUCCUCCUUAUAUGGUAAUGGUCUAAUAUGUAAUUUGUGUGUACCAA